GAAAAUUUCAAUGACUUUUAUGAUGGAUCGAGAUUUUUCUCUUUCCUAACAACCGUAUCUGGCCUUCCAAUUGAUCAGGUAAACUUUUUAGUUUGUCAGUUUUUUAUCUUGGUGGUGGCAUACUUCUUUAGAACUCAACUAAAUGUUGAGCGAGUUGGUCCUAGAGUUCGACAUAUAACCGAAUGUGUGAUUGGGUUCACUCUUCUAUAUUUUUGCUUUGGAAGAGGUCUCAUGCAUGUUGUACUCCAAACAUUCAUCUGUUGGGUGGUGAUGAAAGUUUUCAAAUAUGGCCCGAUGGAGAAAAUAGUUCUGGGGUCCGCUGUCAGCUACCUGUGCAUCACGCACAUCUACCGAAUGAUCUAUGACUACGGAGGCUUCACUCUUGAUAUAACUGGGCCACUGAUGUUGAGUACUCAGCGCUUAAGUAGUUUGGCGUUUGGACUGGCUGAUGCUGAGAAGUUGAAGAAGGAUGUCAAGAUGGUCGACAACUUGAAAUCAAAAGUCGUCCACAAAUUUCCAAGUGUUCUUGAAUUUUUGAGUUUCAUGUUCACCUUCCAUGGCGUAAUGUGUGGGCCAGUCUGUUUCUACUCAGAUUACAUCAAAUUCAUUGAGGGUACAGAUUAUGAUUCAAAAGCACAACUAAAACAACAAAACGGAAAUAACCAUCUUCCUACUAGGCCAUCUCCCAUGCCUGUGAUAAGAAGAAAGUUGUUGCUAGCUGGUCUCUUCGGUGCUUCAACAAUUAUAUUGUUGCCCCUCGUUCCAAUCAGCUUGGUCACAAGUCCCGAGUAUGCCACUUACAAUUUCUUCUACAAGGUCUUCCUCAUUGUUCUCUUCACAGCCCUCCAGAGGCAAAAGUACUAUUUUGCAUGGAAGCUUGGUGAGGCAAGUAACUUGAAUGCUGGUUUGGGAUACAAUGGAGUUGAUGAGCAUGGAAACAGUAGAUGGGACCUGAUUGCAAAUGUUGAUGUUCUCAAAGUUGAGUUCUCCACCAGUUUGAAAGUUCUGAUUGACAAUUGGAACAUUUCAACAGCCUGCUGGUUGAGGUACAUAAUAUAUGAUCGACUGCACAGCAUCGUACCUGUCUUCCUGUUUAGUGCUCUCUGGCAUGGUUUCUAUCCGGGCUACUACAUCACAUUCAUCACUGGAGGACUCUUCAUAAGCACAGCCAGAUUGAUGAGAAAAGUCGUUAGACCACAUUUUCAAACUAGCCCUACAUUGAAAUUCAUUUACGACGUUGUAACCUUUUUGGCAAGUCGACUGGCGGUGUCAUACCUGGGUCUCCCCUUCCUCGUUCUUGAGUUCUGG